CACCCACCCCGCAAGGCCUGCUGGGAAAAUGUUUUGGCAAGCAGACGCGUGUGUGUGUGCAGAGAGAUAUCGCUGAAACAAAACAGGGACAGAAGAUAGAGCAGUACCUUCUUUUUUGGCUCUUCAGCUAUCCAAGUUCCUCUUGAGCCACUAACUGACGGUCCCUCUGAUGGGCAAAGUGAAGGGAAAGGCUGGGCCCUUGUCUCAGAGGCCAGACAACUCAGCUUUCAAACAGCAGAGACUACCUGCCUGGUCUCCCAUGCUAACAGCUAACACUGUGCUGCCAUUCUUUUAUUUAAUGGCUUUGAUAUGCAUGCUGCUGGGAGUAUGGCUGCUUCUCACAGUGCAGAGCACGCAGGAAUUAAAGCUGGACUACACAGAGGCCGGGACAUGUAAUAUAUGCUUUGAAAAGCGUAAAAAUGUGAACAAUGCAGCUCAAAGCUGCAGCUGCACUGUGGUGUUUCCUGUUGAGAAAGCAUUCAAGGGAGAUGUCUUUUUCUACUAUGGCCUCCGAAACUUCCACCAGAACCUCCGCAGAUACAUGGACUCCAGAGAUGAUGCACAGUUGGUUGGAAGAAAGCAAAAAUUACAGAACCCCAGUUCGUACUGCUGGCCAUUUACAAAAGACCAAAACGGACUCCCUAUUGCCCCCUGUGGUGCUGUGGCCAACAGUAUCUUCAAUGAUUCCUUCACUCUGACCUAUCUUGACCCUGGCAGUCCUUCAUCUCAGGUUCCUCUGCUACGGAGGGGCAUCACUUGGUAUACAGACAAAAAUAUCAAGUACCGCAACCCAAGGACAGACAACUUGACACUGGCUGAGGUGUUUGAAGGAACAGCACAGCCUCCAUACUGGCAGAAGCCUGUGUAUGAUCUUGAUCCCCUCGACUUGACCAACAACGGCUUCAUCAACGAUGACUUUAUCGUAUGGAUGAGAGAGGCAGCUUUCCCCAACUUCAAGAAGCUUUAUGGGAUAUUGCACCGAGCCAAUAAGCCCUUUACGAAGGGGCUGCCAGCAGGGAAUUACAGCAUGGAGAUAGCCUACAACUUCCCUGUGCAGCACUUCCAAGGCAGAAAGGAAGUGGUGCUGACUACAUUGACCUGGUUUGGGGGUCAGAACCAUUUCCUGCCCAUUGCUUACCUAGUAACCAGCAGCCUGAUCCUACUGAUAGCCAUCCUCCUCACUGUGGUCUGGUGGAAGUUUGGGAAGGAUGGGAAAAACGUGCAAGAAUGAAGGGUAAGACGUUUUCUGGGAUGGUGGAAAACACGUAGCUUAAAAGAGACAACAAAUCUGAAAUGGGCAGCACAUUGAUGUGAGCAAAUGGAUGGAAAUGGGAACGGCUUCAAAAACAACGUUGGUACAAUACCACCGCAGCAUGUGUUUACAACUUUUAUUGUGAUGAUGUUGUUCUGAACAACCUACUGACUGCUGGGUGAGUCAGCAGAGGCUUCAAGCUUUCUUGUACAUGUUGAUUUCACUUGAAGAACUGCAUUUUUUUGCAUUUUUAAUACACGCCAUUUUGUUCAUGUACUGUUAAUAUUUAUUAAUAUGAUUUGAAUAUACUUUAUUCCAGUAAAAAUUGCUAAAGUCUAGUCUCUGUAGUGUUAAGGCUGAAUUCCUUUGAGAAGUGCAUCAAUAUAUAGAGAACUGUAAAGUGAAAUUGUAAAAUUGAAUAAAGGUGUAUUUUUGUGGAAAA